AUGAGGACUGUGGAGGGUGGGGAGAAAUGUCUAGCAGGCAAGGCGGGUGGAGGAACCUGGUGGGACUCUACAGCAGGUGGGUCGGGGCAAGCAGCCCAGCAGGCUUCUGCAGGAGGCGGGGUAGGCAGCCCAGUGGGGCUGCGCUUGUGCAAAGGAUGGGUGGGCAGCAAGGCAGGAACUGGAAAGGGCGGGUGGGCAGCAAGGCAGGAACUGGAAAGGGCGGGUGGGCAGCAAGGGCGGGUGGGCAGCAAGGGCGGGUGGGCAGCAAGGGCGGGUGGGCAGCAAGGGCGGGUGGGCAGCAAGGGCGGGUGGGCAGCAAGGGCGGGUGGGCAGCAAGGGCGGGUGGGCAGCAAGGGCGGGUGGGCAGCAAGGGCGGGUGGGCAGCAAGGGCGGGUGGGCAGCAAGGGCGGGUGGGCAGCAAGGGCGGGUGGGCAGCAAGGGCGGGUGGGCAGCAAGGGCGGGUGGGCAGCAAGGGCGGGUGGGCAGCAAGGGCGGGUGGGCAGCAAGGGCGGGUGGGCAGCAAGGGCGGGUGGGCAGCAAGGGCGGGUGGGCAGCAAGGGCGGGUGGGCAGCAAGGGCGGGUGGGCAGCAAGGGCGGGUGGGCAGCAAGGGCGGGUGGGCAGCAAGGGCGGGUGGGCAGCAAGGGCGGGUGGGCAGCAAGGGAGGAACUGGAAAGGGCUCGUGGGCAGCAAGGGAGGAACUGGAAAGGGCGCGUGGGCAGCAAGGGAGGAACUGGAAAGGGCGCGUGGGCAGCAAGGGAGGAACUGGAAAGGGCGCGUGGGCAGCAAGGCUGGAACUGGAAAGGACGGGUGGGCAGCAAGGCUGGAACUGGAAAGGACGGGUGGGCAGCAAGGCUGGAACUGGAAAGGACGGGUGGGCAGCAAGGCUGGAACUGGAAAGGACGGGUGGGCAGCAAGGCUGGAACUGGAAAGGACAGGUGGGCAGCAAGGCUGGAACUGGAAAGGACAGGUGGGCAGCAAGGCUGGAACUGGAAAGGACAGGUGGGCAGCAAGGCUGGAACUGGAAAGGAUGGGUGGGCAACAAGGCUGGAACUGGAAAGGACGGGCACGCAACCAUGUAUGAACUGGAAAGGGGACUUGCAAACAGCUGUGCAGAAACUUGUAAUGGGUUGUGUAAACAGGUAGGCACGAACUAA